CUGGGUCAGCUGGGAGAGGAGCCAAAGCCAGGGACACUGCACUGGCUGGAGCUGACUCUGCCAUGGCUGCGUAGAGCCAUUUCUUGCAACUGGCUCCAAGCUGAUCAGAGUCCAGCACCCACCGCUGCCUCCCUGAGAAGAGAGAUGGGGAACUGGGCGGAAGCAGAUCCCCCUGGACAGCCUCUUAACAGCUCCAUAGACUUGAAGAGUGGAGAAGAACCAGGUCAUCCAGCUAAUUCCAGCUCCAGGAAACCUGCAGUAUGGGAUCGUCCAGCUGCCCUCAGAGCCAUAAUCAUGGUUACAAUGGUCGUCAUCAUCGCUCUAUUAGUAGCUUUGAUAGUGGUAACAUCUAAGCAGCCUCCUCCAUGCCCCCCUGCUGCCCCCUGGUGCCCGGACGGCUGGAUCCGGAUCCAAGGGAAAUGUUACUAUUUUUCUAAGGCCGAAGGGAACUGGACCUACAGCCAGAGCUUCUGCUCGUCACACGCUGCCUCCCUGGCCGGGAUUGAGAGUCCGCAGGAGCUGGGUUCCCUGCUGCCAUACGAAGGCAGACUGGACCACUGGAUCGGCCUCCGGAAGGACACGGGCCAGGUCUGGAAAUGGGCCAACGGGACCGAGUUUGACCAUCGGUUUGAAAUACAAGGAGGAGCAGACUGUGUGUGCCUGGAUGAAGAUCUCACUGUCACCACGUCAAGCUGCAGCAGACCAAGAAAAUGGAUCUGCAGUAAACCUGAUACCCCUGCGAAGGGAGAGGAGGGAGCAGUGGGAGGGGAUUCGUGAACUCAAGGGAAUUGGAGACCAGCUGUGACAAAGCCUGGUGCUAGUCCCCUCCAUGCUGCAGCCUGGUUCCUUGUUUCUUAGCCUAUCUCCGGGGUUUGUCCAGUCCUAGUCAUCAAUUACCCUAAUGCUAGGUGCCCAGAC